AUGAUGCCAUUUUCGCAAUAUAUCUGCUCGAUCUUGCUAGCCUUAAGCUUUCUUCUUAGUAGAGCUCCAGGAGAAGGAAGGGAUCAAGGGGAAGGAAGAGAAGUCAUCGGCUGUCGAACCGUUUCCGAUGUAAUAAACACACCUACUGGCUUGGAGGCGGCAGAAGACGAAUGCUAUUGUGUUAUCACAGCGGAUAGUGAAAAGCUUACAAAUACGGCCAAAGUAUGGAUCCCAGAGCGAGCCGCUAGGGUAAGGAAUGGUAAGAGAAAGUUUAGGACAUUAUGGCACCGAGAUGACAGAAUUGUUCUGAAUUAUAUCGCGUCAAUGGUGCCAGGAGACCCGGAGAAGGCAUUACGCUUUUCGGAAAUUUCAUAUGAACCUGUUCGAAUGCUGAAGAUGGAUAUUGCAACUGAUAUGAUCAACAACGAUGACUUGGGUUUGUGGGCUAGAUGCUGGAAAAGGAAAGGGAGCUAA